AUGAAACAAGCCAGACGGCAGGAACGGAUGAUGCUGGACAUGGGGCGCUACCUGGAGAAGUGGUUUGGCAGAGUGCCGAUUGCAGUGCAGCUGGGCGAUUUUUUGCAGCUGCGUCCAACGGCCAAGCGGUUGCAGCACGAUGCCCCACGCGCCACUGACACCGUAGCCCCACCUGCCAGCGAUGAGGAAGAGCUUGCAGACGAUGAAGCAGCGCAGCAGACCAGCAAUGCAGCUGAGCUUGGCCGGAUGUUGAUCAGAGCGAGCGGCAACUGGGAAAAGGCCUUGGACGUGGCCAAGACAAAGGACCGAAUCCACCUGAAACCCACGCACUACGCCUAUGCGCAGCACUUGGAAGCGCUGGAAGAUGUGGAGGGCGCCUUGACCCACUACGAGUUUUCCGGCACCUAUCGUACCGAGUCACCGCGCUUGCUAUGUUCCAUGGGGAUGACAGAAGAACUAGGCAACUACGUGGAGAAGAGCGACGAUUCGCAUUUGCACCGUUGGUACGCGCAAUUCCUGGAAUCCAAAGCAGAUCUGGACGGUGCGGCCCGGGAGUACACCAAAGCCAACGAUUGGUUGUCGCUGUGUCGUGUCGCGUGCUUCAACGAAGACUUGGAUCGUGCGCAGAAGAUCUGCGAAGAUUCGCAGGACCAAGCGGCCUGUUAUCACCUCGCCAGGCACUUGGAGGCCGCGGGCCACUUCAAGGAAGCCAUGCAUUACUUUCAGUUGGCGGGCCGCUCCUCGCAUGCCAUUCGCUUGGCACAGGAGAACCAAUACGACGGAGACUUGAUGAGCUUAGCGUUGUCAUCGGAUCCCUCGGGCAUGGCGCAAGCGGCCAAGUACUACGAGCAGAAGGGGCAACCCUCCAAGGCUGUGAUCUUGUACCAGAAGAGUGGGCAACAGAAGAGAGCUCUGGAGCUAUGCUUCUCCGCCCGGCUCUUUGAUGCACUGCGGAAGAUUUCAGACGAGCUGAAUGCGGAGAGUGAUCCCACGAUCUUGGCCAAGUGUGCGGAGUUCUUCAUGCAGCACGAGCAACACGACAAGGCGGUGCACCUUCUGUCGAUCUCCAAGCAGUUCGACCGUGCAGUGCAGCUCUGCGCGGAGCACGACGUGCAGAUCACCGAGGACAUGGCGGAGCGGAUGACGCCCGAGAAGAACAGCAUGGAGCCAUCGCAUCGGGCCGAGAUUUUGCAGGAGAUUGGGAAGCUGUGCCGGAAACAAGGCUCCUUCCAGUUGGCCUGCAAAAAGUUCACACAGGCCGGUGACAAGUUGAAGGCCAUGAAGAGUUUGCUGAACAGCAACGACACCGAGAAGAUCAUCUUCUUCGCCGGCACCGCGCGACAGCCGGAGAUCUACAUCUUGGCGGGAAACUAUCUGCAAAGCUUGGAUUGGCACAAUGAUCCCGAAAUCAUGAAGAACAUCAUCCAGUUCUACAGCAAAGCCAAAGCCUUCGACAAACUCGCCGCUUUCUAUGAUGCCUGCGCACAAGUGGAAAUCGACGAGUAUCGGGACUAUGACAAGGCAGGUGGAGCUCUGAAAGAAGCUUUGAAGUACAUGACCAAGGCCGCGGGCGAGGGAGACGAACGCGUCAUCUCGCUGCAGAGUCGCAUCACCCUGGUGGAUCAGUUCGCCAACGUUCGACAGAUGGCAAAGACCGAGCCGGAUCAGAUGGUGGCGGUCUGUGAGCGCAUGGUCGACCUACCGGACAUCGAAUCCGCGGUGCGCAUGGGCGACAUCUUCGCGCAGCUCGUGGAGUACUACGGCGAGAUGAAUGACUACAACUCAGCCCACAGGACAGUGGAGCGAAUGAGGCAACGUGGCAUCGUGCUCACGCCCUACUUAGAUCGAUCCCUGCUGGAGACGAUCUAUCGCGCAGUGGGGCAGCCGUUGCCGGAGGAUGAAGGAGAGCAGAGACCAGCACCUCCCGACGAGAUGGAGGAGGAGAUUCCAGAGGAGGAUUGA